AUGGACGCUCUCAAACAAACCAAGCUCAUUCGGCCACCUUCGGGUAUUGGACCUUUACAGUCGCGGUCUGGAGACACCAGGCUUCUGUAUACCGUCACGGCGUUCGUAUCUCUGGGUGCAUUCCUAUUCGGAUAUGAUCAGGGCGUUAUGGGUGUGAUUGUUGCCGAUGAACGAUGGAUCGAUUUGAUGCACCCAAAGAACUCCUGGGUCACCGGCACGGUCGUUUCCUUGUACGACGUCGGAUGCUUCAUCGGUGCUAUGUCGCUUGGAUAUCUUGCGGAUCCACUGGGUCGUGAGCGAACAUUGUCUGUCGCGUGCGCGGUGUUCAUUGUCGGUGCUGUCCUACAGGCUGCAUCAUAUACCGUCGUUCAGAUUACGAUCGGUCGAGUUAUCCUAGGACUUGGCGUAGGAGCAUGUGCAGGAGGCGUCCCUCUGUACGUUGCUGAGAUAGCACCUCCUGCUAUUCGAGGACGAAUCGUCGCGAUCGAGCAAAUGAUUCUUUGUCUUGGAGAACUAGUUGCAUUCUGGCUUAACUAUGGCUUCAACUUUCUUGAGACCAAGGAUUGGUGGCGCAUUCCGCUAGCUAUCCAAAUCGUCCCUGCCAUUAUUCUCGGCGUGGGUUGUUGGUAUUGGGUACCUCCCAGUCCGCGAUGGCUGGCGAGCCAGGAUCGUCAUGAAUGUGCACGGGAGGUUCUCAUCCGGCUUCACGGCUCCGAGGCGGCCGAGCUGGAAAUGCAGGAUAUCCAGGCGUCUAUUGAGUUUGACCAAAGCGUCACUGAGGCCACUUGGGGGGAUAUGUUCAAGAUGCCUGUGCUUCAUGUGACCAUCUUGGGAAUGGCUGUCCAAUUCUUCCAGCAAAUCACCGGAACUAACUCGAUUCUCUAUUAUACUCCAUCUCUGUUCAGGCGCGGAGGCAUCACGGACCCUCGCACCGCCAAUCUCGCGACCGGUGGCGUGGGAAUCGUGCUAUUCGUCUUCUCAUGGGUUCCAAUUUUCUACUUCGACCGACUGGGUCGUAAAAUAUGGCUGCAAAUUGGAACCGUUGGAAUGAUGGCAGCCAUGAUCGGCAUCACCGUUUUGCAGUGGCACGCCGAGCAUCAUCCAGGCGACCCGGCGAAUUACACGAUCAUCCUAUUCCCAUAUCUCUUCUACGUAUUUUUCAACAUUAGCUGGGGCGUCGGAUCUUGGACCUAUGCCGCCGAGAUUUUUCCUGUCUCCAUGCGAGCCAAGGGAAACGCACUGUCAACCGCAUCUUUGUGGGCCGCCUGUUAUAUUGUCGCGCAGGCAAGCCCGCCCAUCGCUGAUGCAAUUGGCUGGGGCCUUUACAUUAUUUACACAGGGAUUUGCGUGGUUGCUUUCUUGUUCGUGCGAUAUGCCCUGGUCGAAACUCGCGGCCGGACCCUGGAAGAGAUGUCUCGGCUAUUUGGAAUCGAAAGCCGCUUGGCAGAGCAGAGUGGUUUGAAGCCAAGCCCAUGUGUAAAGGAUCCCACAGAGGAGCACUUAGAGGACUUAGGUACGUCGAGUCGAUCGACAUAG